UCGAAAAAUAGCCCAAACCUGUAAUCUGGUAGUCGGAUCAUCCUGGCAACGUUUCUUGGCUCAUACUGGAAAUCACGUGUCGGCUAAUUUAAGACGUAGAUUUUUAGUUUGUAAGAGAAUUGUCUUCCUUUUCGUUAUUCUAUCGCAUUAACCAUGGGUAAACGGAAAGGUAAUACGAAAGAAAUUAAACAGAAUGUUGUAAAAUCUAAGGAAAAAGAAAAUGCAGCUUCGUAUUGUAACGUAACGGUUUCGAACAUUGGAACUAAAGGAAAGAAUUCGGAGAAUGUCAGGCGGGCUUCGAAACACGACGACCACGAAACUGCCACCAUUCUAGUCGUGAACGAGAACGAUCAGAAGGAAAUACACGUUCAUAAACACAUUCUUGCUAAUUCUAGUCCGAAAUUUAAAGAAAUACUCGAUGGGGAAGCCGAAGACAAAAAAAUCGUAAUCGAAGGAAUUAGUGAAAAAGAUGUUAAAUUAUUUCUCAGCUUUGCACGUGGAAAUCAAGUUAAAAUUUUACACCUGAAACAGGCUUGGAACUUCCUAAAAUUAGCGGAGAGAUUCGAAUAUCCGAUUCUCUGUGAUUUAGCUGUUAGUUACAUCCUAGAGCAUACGAAUAUAGACAAUGUUUGUGACGUAUACAAAAAAGCACUCGAUGUCCAGAACGAAAAAUUAAUUCUGAAGACAUUACACUUUAUCCUGAAGGAAGCGGGUGAGAUAUUUAAAGCACACAAGAUUCGAGGGCUGCCACCUUCCACCUUGGAUCUCAUACUGUCGCAGGAUAUAAUGAACGUAGAAAAUGAAGUCCAGCUGUUCGAUGCCUUGGCCUACUGGGCCAAAACAGAAAUAAGAGAGAAAAUUGAUAUAACUCCAUCCGAUGUCUUGUCGAAGAUGAGACCCUUUCUUGAUAAAAUAAGAUUUCUGAGCAUGACAGAGAAGCAAUACAGAGAGGGGCCCGCCAAAUCUUCACUCUUCACGGAACAACAGAAUUUUCAGAUGUUAGACAGGAUCGCCGACGAAAAGUCGAGGAUACCCCUCCCUUUUGGCAGUCGUAUUAGGGAGAAAAGGAAACCGUUCCCCGAAAAAAUCGAAGAUCUUUACAUCAGAGACAACACUUUAGUCAAUUAUUGCCAAAAUAAGCAUAAAAAUGCGUUAUCAACAGUGCAAGUCAGGUUCAGAUCGAAGAAUAAAGCCAUUUUUAUUACUUCUGUUCUGCUGAGGGACUGCAGGAGGAGAGGAGACUUUAUAAUUGUUGUAGAAAAUAGUAUCAGAUACAGGAAACUUGUCGACGAUCCCUUAGGAAUAAUUGAACUUCAUCCGCCUGUUUUCAUAAGGAGAAACGAAUUGUUUGAAUUUGUAUUCAGAGGGGUUGAGGCCUUUUACUCAUGUGAAAAUCUAGCUAAUUUCUCAAAAGCCCCAUUUUAUGCCGAUCCCGGAAGCUCCGAACACAACGAUUACUUACCUAUGCCAUGUUUCUUUUGGUCAGUUUUAUAUUUUACUCCAUAAAUGAUUAAUGUAAAUAAAUUUGAAUAUAUUGAUACUAAAAAAGAAUAAUUUUGUUUAGAAGUUAUUUUUCUUCUAUAAUAGAGUUGUUAGUCCAAGGUUACUUCUUGUUAAUAUUUGUAAUAAAAUAAAUGAAAAUGUAAUUUUGAUACUGAUUAAAAUUAACGCGAGCAACAUUUCAGUGAUCGUUAAUGUUAUAAUGUUAUGGUAAUGUGUAAUAUACUAAUGGAUGCAACCUGCUAAACUCCUGCAACUUCUCGCUAACUAUAAGUCCUCACUAUCAAAUAUCUUGAAUUUAUUCAUCUAGUCUGUCGUAAUUUAGCUGUGGAAGAAUAAAACACAGAUCAUUACAACACCAACAGUUACAGGAUUAUUAGAUACCUUGUUAUAUUAAAAAUUUUCAAUAAUAUAAGAUUAAAGAUUGUCAGGUUACGUUUCUUAGAACAGUUAACAGCAAAUAUGAAUAAUGGAGUACAGUACUUUGUCUACUUUGUUCUGGUGAAUGUGUUUAUAUAAAUGCAAACGUUGAAUUGUUUCAAUUUAUCUAAUUCAAAAUAAUAGUGGAUUAAUAGUAAACGGUUAAUAAACUAACGAGAAUCUACUGUAAUAAAUAGCAAACUUUCAAACAAUGUAGAGGGCCCGUUGCCUGGUAAAACAGAUUUAAUAGGACACCUGAAUAACCAAUAACAUAGCCCGUUUUAUUUCAAACGGGGAAUGACCGGUUUGCUUACAAAAUUGUAAAAGUGCUUAUAUUUUUUAGUUUGUUAAAUUUGCUGAUAUUUAAAGUAUUAGCUGAAUGUGUGUGUCCAGAUGUAUUAAUGACAGAUUGCUGAAAUCUGUAUUGUGAUUGAUCAGCUCUGCCCUUGUUCCUAUGAAAUAUAAUGGACUGACUACUAAUGAAAUUUAAUUUACGUGUAAAAAACUGACUUUUUAGUUACCGUUUCGUAAUUGCAGCUUUAAAUAUUAGCAAUAUUUGAUAUAACCUGGAGAUAAGCAUCUUCCAACGACUACGAAAUCAUCAAUUUAUGCAAAUUAGCUU